UCCUGCAGACAAGAUAUCGACCGCGAACUGAAAAGAUUCUUACGUAUUAAAUUAAAAUAUAAAAUACAAAUAAGUGCAAACUAACUUUGACUAAAAUCACAACAGUAAAAAUGCCUAAGUUUUUGAAUCAAACCACUGCGAACAUUUCGUAUCAUCAUAAGAAGUUCGGUGGCUGUAAGCGCUUCCAAGACGAAGAAGCACGAAAGGAUUUGAAGCAAGUCAACGACCAGCGCAGCCCAGGCGCAGUAAGCUCCAUUUCUCAACUAUCUUCCGACGAUUCAGAGUACGCUGAAUUUGCGAAACUCUUCAGUGCAUCCAGCAGCACUCCAUACAAGAAAACGCGUAAUCCCAGCGAGGAUAGCGGUAUCUCCGUAACAUCGCAAAGACAACAACUUCACGAAACACCAUUGCUUCGACGCACGAAACGCAAGUUAAAGUUAUCAUCACUCGCAGAGUCACCGAGCGAGCAGCAAAGCAUUGAAAAACAGCAGCCAGCAUCAAUUUCGCCCACCAUCAAUAAUAAGCAGAAGCCUCGCACCACCGCCACAGCCGCAAGUAUCAACCGCGCCAACAAAAGAGCUAAUACCGGCACCACAAGAAGAAACAUAAGAUUUAAGGCCCAGGCCAUUAAAGCCUUAAUAAAAUCCACGGCGGGCAGCGCCUUACAGUUGCCCACCGGCAGCAAAUCCGCUACAGACACCACUGCCAGCUCACUACCCGACAUCGACACCUCUUUGUUGUCGUUGAUCAAUGAAAAUAAGCUACGCAGCAUUUGCGCAUAUCAUGGCAACAUGGUGCGUUCGUUUCCGAAGAAAGAGCGUUCGCCUAAAGACCAAGAACGGCGUGAUAAAAAUACCAUCGCUUGUCGCUUAAGCCGCCGUGUGAGGAAAUUGCAGCAACUUGCCAUUGGCGAGCACUACAAGCAAAUCAAGGAGAUCUACGACCAAAUGGUGGAAGUGAUGGUGCGUGGCAAUGAGUAUCUGAAGUAUCUAAAUAAGGAUGUUCUGGGCGCUGCUGAUGGGAGCUGCAAUGCGGAGGUUGUGCUACCCGCGCAACCGGAACAACGUGCGCCCAGCCGCUUCUCUAUAGCGGACAUAUUAGGAGUCCCGAAUGAAGAUAAUAACCAAGAGUAGUUUCUUAUUGAAACUACUAAGAUUUAUUUAAGAUAUUAGUUUGGGGAAAAAGAUAUCCAUUAUUUGCUCGGCAGAUGGCUGUGUAGUGAUCGAUCAAGUAAUGUAAAGUUUAUGCGCUUUGUCAAGGUGACUUUUCACACUAUGCUAAAAGUCGUGGUAGUAGUAGGCGACCACAAAACAGUUGUAAACUAUUUUUUUUUUUUCAAAUUGCAUUAGUAAUGGAUUUUAUUAUUUUUUAAUUACAUUAAUAAUGGAUUUACUUUUCCCCAAACUAUUUAAUGUGUAUAUGACUGUUAGACUGCUUGUCUUUAUUUAUUUUUACAAUUAAGAACCUUUUGUUGGUUUGUAGUGAUAUCAAAUUUCACUGCUCCAUAAUUUGGUUAAAAAAUAAUAACAAGUGCA